AUGGCGCUCAGCUCGACGGUUGUCUGUCUUCUCGCCGGUUUGCUCCUCCUCAGUCUCGCGCGGGCAGAUGUGGGCGUGGCCACGCAGCGACUUCGCCCAGCGGAGCAGCAGAAAUCGGCCCUGUAUCCAGCAGCCGGCUUUAAGCCCUCUAGACAGUUUGGCCUCCCGGCAACCGCCCAGCAACCGAAAUCCGCUCGUCUUGUGGCCAACAGUGAAGCGCAGGAGGAUCUCGACGACGCCGCCGAGGAGGUGGAGGUGACCCAACCCAAGACAGUUCCUGUGCCACGCCUAGUUCCUGCUCCAGGGCCUGCAUUACCGGUAACUCCCACCAUCGCAUACUAUCCGGCCGGAGCCGUGGGAUUCGUCCAGCCAUCAACUUUCGCCAAGUUCAUCGGGGGCCCACAGCAGGCGGCACCAUAUGUAGCUGCGCCGCAGUACUACCAAGCCUAUUUUGGAUAGACAUGAACAGAUACAGGUGCAGAUACAGAUACAGAUACAACUACAGAUACAGAUAUAAAUUAACUUAGAUAACUUAAAUUGUUAAGCUUGACCUGUUCCACACAGAUAGUUUUCCCAUUCUACAUAUGUAUGUGUACUUCGACAUAUCUGAAAUUAUAAGAACGAGAAGAUUCAGUUUGUGUCAGAACAAUAACUUAUAGGAGUGUUUCAAUUUUUCUUUUAUUGGUGCAUUUCCCUUGCCAAAAUCUAUCGACAUGCCAACAAAAUUUUAUUUAUCCAAGUGUAACAUAUGAUAUGUGUUUCAGUUGAAUAACAGAAUCUACAAUCUUGAUCAAGAAUAUAUUCGACCUAGUUUUUGUUAUUUGGGCCCAAAUAAAACAGCUAACUGCUUACGAAAGUAUCUGAGUGCUAUCUAUUAAUGUUUUUCCCAUUUCGUUACUUAUAUUUUGGUGGUUUUAUUUUGAAUUACAUACAUUACUAGCUGAUUAGCUAGUGUUGCCAAAUUCAAGAAAUAAAUAUCCUGCUCAAUGCCUAUUUCGAAAUUGUCAUCAAAUAUAGCGGUAUAUUGCAGAAAACUUUCAACAUAUGAGUGGCAUGGAAUGAGUAAAUUCGUAUUCGUAUUCUGCAUAUUACAUUUCAAUUUCGAUCCUAGUUUGUAACUUGCUACCACUCAAAUUACUUCCUAGUUGCCAGAGGUACUUGCGUUUAAUUGUUCCUUUGAUCAUUCGCAUGGUGCGAUCGGAGGCCAGUCGACGAAGCAUGCUCCAUCAAAACGCCAAAUCCUCCGACGACAGCAAUUCUGGCUGCUGGCCAAACGGUAGGACGUUUAGGCAGAGGAGGCUCGGGAGGGGCAGCUCUGACAAUGAGUGAGCAGCGAUAAUCUAUUAUGACCGUAACAAGAAAUAAAUCCCAACUCGGUAAUCCAUCAUUUUACGACUUGGCAAUCAAAACAAGGGGUUUAGCUAAGAGUUGGUCUCCCGGCCCCAAGGACGGACAGGUGGACCGGGCGGACGGACGCCGGGCUGGCCAAUCAGCGGCCUGGCCAUCACACAUAGCUGGCCAGCGAGCUAACGAACAGGCCGUGUACGAUGGUCGUGUAAGCGCUGGCCAGAACCAGGAAACUCAGAUUGGACCUGGCCGGGAACACGACUUUCGGACAGCCGCGUGCGCAUUGAGGCCAAUCUGUGUGCAACGUGAGGACUCGCCCGGGCUGGCAGGUCCAGGCCUUUAGGGGCCGGCUAAAUAGUUGCCAAUAAUCCGUGUCCAAACUGAUCGGGUUGCCGUUUAUGGUAAUGGGCAAAAUUAGAUGCCGAAAUGUGCGUUGGCUAGCCAGGCUUCAUUACCAAUGCACAAACUUGGCAGUGCGUCCCGACUGAUUGGCCACUCGGCCACGGUUGCCGGCCAGCGGUCUGCAUUGUUAUUGCUUCAUCAAGUGUGCAGUGGCCAGCGUGUCCAGCGCGUCCGGUGUCCACAAUGUCCAUAGUGUCCAGCACUCGCGGCAGAAGCCCGAGCAGUGACUGCGCGGCAGAGACCCGACCCCUGGGGGCAUUGCGAACUGCUCAAACAUUUUCGAAAUCGCAUUCAGAGGUGAAGGUGCAACAGUUGCUGGCGUAUCUUGUUUCGGCGGCCUCGGGCGCAGUUAAAGGGCUUAAAGCGGCGGCAGGCCAGUUGGGGGAAAAUAUGGGUUAUGUUCUUCCUCAGCGCCAUGCCAGCGGUCGUGUGGGGGAGCACGCUUACUGCCAAUACAAAGCAAAAUUGCCACGCGGUCCACUCGGUCCCGAUCACAACGGCUUGUACCGCCUGAAGAGCUACUAAACCUUAACUUGUGAGUUCAUUAGAACAGAAGCUGUGCAGCCUUGACUAGAAACCAAUCCAAAACCAGUAGCUAUAAUAAUGUAUACAAAUCAUUUUUGAAUCAGAAAACUAUCAAUUACCAGAGCAAGGUACUCUUUCGAAUUUUCGAUACUUGGUAUAGAAAAAAAUUACCCUGAAGCAGAUAGAAAAACAUUUAAAUAUUUUGACUACAAUUUACUUUAGAUUCUCGUACAGUCUCUCUCUCGUACAGUCGUAUUUAUUUAUAUUUAGUUUCGCAUAAAGUAUUUCUUUUCCAAUUGACUGGCAAGUGAGUUAUGUAUAACUUUUUUAUGUUCAACAUCUACCAAACAUGAAGACGAAUACAGCCCCAGGUUAAUGAUGGGUUUCUAACUUAUGAAAUACGUGCUUUAAUCAUGUUGACGUUUUUAAACGCGCGCUUCCGUCCCAAAGCCGUUGUUCAACACUAGUCAGCCGGAUGUGUCAUCGGAGUAACCCGACUAGAAACUGCAUGAUAUAAUAAGCAGCACUGUCGACAGUCAAAAGCUGCCUGCUCUUAGCCAACCCAGUCGAACGUUUCUUCUUCUUCUUUGGCCCAGAAACAACUUGUUGAACGAUAGAAGAGCCAGCUCUCUGUUUUGUUGCUCCACGCACACACAUUCCGACGCGUCUCACACGUCACCAGGUUAAA